ACCAACAACUGAAACAACUUUACCAUUUACCCUAUCUACUUCAACUACAACAACUUUACCAAUUACCUCAUCUACUUCAACAACUACAGCAGCGGUAAAUAGCACCACAUGUUUAGUGUGUACAGAAGAUCAAAGUAAUUCUUGUUCCUCUAUGGAUUAUUCUGUGUGCAGUGGUGAGAGACCUUAUUGUCUCAAUGAAAUCAUAUAUCGUAAUGGUAAAUGGACAAAAACUCUUCAUAGGUGUGCAAGCAGGGUUGAGUGUUAUUGGGACUACUGGGUUGGCACUGGUAACAGCACUGACUGUAUUAAAAGUGGUGUGUGUACAUACUGUUGUCAGGAAUCACAUGGCAAACCUUGCAAUGCAGUGACUGAAAAACCAACAACCUUAAUAAACUUAGGUCAAACUCAAAACAGAGCCUACAAAUGUGUUGUAACCGGUCCACAAAAUGGGAAUAAGGUACAAGAUUGUCCUCCUUCAGAAAGAUUCUGUCUCAAUGAUGUGGUUUAUGACACAGAUCCGACAACUCAGAACCUAAUCACUAGGGAUUUUAGAAGAUGUGCAUCAAAAGAGCAGUGUAAAGGAAAAUGGUUACAGUCGAGAAGAACCAACGCCUGCUUGACGGGAAAUAUGACCGGUAUUGAAGCUUCUAAGACGGGAAAUAAGAUUCUUUGUCAUUAUUGCUGUGAAUCUAAUACAAUGACCCCAUGUAAUCUACAUCCUAAACCUGACCAAAUUAACUUAUUCAUACAGCCAACAACACUUCCUGUAGUUUCAAGUACAGUCGUUUGUCAAGAUAAACCCAACGUAGAUUGCUUAAUACUUAAUUCAACAAACAUUUGUGCCAACCCUAUUUCACAUCAAUAUUGUGCUGCCUUUUGUGGACACUGUACAAAUGUUAUCCAGUCUGGAUAGGGUCUGACA